AUGGUGCCAGAUGUGGAGAGGAUCAUUGACAGUAUCGCCCAAGGAGACCAGGACACCGUCCAGCUCCUACUGGACAGCUACAACACCCAGUAUGCAGAGUGCUUCUUCUUCAACACUGAGAUGCAGGAGAGAAAAAAGCAACGACAACUGGAGGAGUUCAAGAAGAACAAAGUGAGGGACUACGCUCCUGACUCUGAAUCUGACACAGACUUAGACGACGAUGAACCUGAUCUCCUUCUCCGGCAGCGUCUGGCCACAGCCCUGCUCUGCUUCAUCAGUAACCAGCUUCAACCUGCAGUUUUACGAGUUUGCCUGCAUACACUGCGGAUCUUGUCCCGUGAUUGGCGGGCCCUAGGUCCCCUGGUCACAGAUAGUGCUCUUUUCACCUUGGCACACCUGGGUGGCGUCAGCUUACAGCAGACAUGCCCACAGCAGGAGGGGGAGAAGGCUGAAGAUCUGCAAGUCAGUUACAGCCACAUUCACAGAGGUUCACAGGCUGAGGAUGCUUGCUGCUACACCUCUCUGCUGCUGCUACAAAUGGCUCAGUUCAUCACUGCUUAUAAGUGGAGUGGUGACGGAGGUCAUGUAGUGCUGGCACGUGGGAAGAAAGACACCCGGGAAGAAGACAGUAAGGAGGAAGAGAUGGAGGAGGAUGGGGACGUGUGUAGCAAGGAGGCCAUGAAAGUCUUGUGUAAUGUCAUCUACAACAGCCCCAGGGCCCAGGAGAGGGCCAGCACACUAAGACUUCUGCAGGGUCUGUGGGAGAGUCUGAAGCAGGGUAUUUGGAGCAGGGCGCCAUCCAGUGGCCAGUUUUAUAAGCUGAGGCUGCUCUUCCUGCUGACAGCCCUGAGGCCUGAGCUCAGGCUGCAGCUAUCCCAGGAGCGUGGACUGUCAGUGCUCACUACAGCACUGGAGAAGUGCCUGGCUGUGAGGUGGGGGGAGGGGUAUGAGGUGCUCAGUGACAGCACAGCUCCACCCAUCUCCAAGGAGAUGUCCCAGGAAGUCAUUGAGAUCCUCAAGACGCUCUUCAACAUCGCUCAUAUGUGUCACAGGCAGGAGCCAGACGAGGAGGAAGCUGCUCUGUAUCGCCACCUAGCAGCUGUGCUACGCCACUGCCUGCUGCUGUCAUGUGAUGGAGAGGACACAUUGGAAGAACUUCAAGGACACACAGUAAACAUCCUGUCAGCACUGCCGCUGCCAUGUCUGGACGUCCUGCUGUCUGUCCGUGUGGACCAGGCAUCACACAAGUGGGAGGGAGUCAACAUGGACUGUGUCCACACACUGCUGCUGUUCAUGGACAGACGCCUGAACAGGGGUCACAAGCUGAAGGAGAAACUGACCCCUGUACUGAAUCUGCUGACUGAGAGCUCUCGGGUACACAGGGAGACACGUCACUACUUACGUCAAAAGAUCUUACCUCCACUGAGGGACGUUGCCACCCGACCUGAGCAGGACACCACACUGAGAGGCCAGCUGGUCCGCCUCAUGACCCACGUUGACACAGAUGUAAAGCACUGUGCUGCUGAGCUGCUGUUUGUGCUCUGCAAGGAGAACGUCAGCCGCUUUGUCAAAUACACGGGUUAUGGCAACGCGGCAGGGCUGCUGGCAGCUCGGGGGCUGCUGCACGGCAGGAGGAACUCAGGCGACAGCCAGUACGCCUCCCACUACUCCAGCGACUCGGACUCUGACACUGAGGAGUACCGGGAGGCCAAAGCCAGGAUUAACUUGGUGACUGGACGGGUGGAGGCAGAGCAGCCUGAUCCCAUGGAGGGCAUGACGGAGGAGGAGAAGGAGCAGGAGGCCUAUCACCUCAUCAGCAUGAUCAACAGACUGUCACGAGACCAAAUCAUUCAGCCAAUGGGUGUGACAGCAGAGGGGAGACUGGCUCCAAUCUGGGGCCAGAUGAGAAACUCCACACUGGAGGAAGAGGAGGAUGAAGAUGAAGAUGAAGAGGAGGACCUGGAUCUGAUGCCAGAGGGAGGGAAAGACAAACAGAUGAAGUAGAAUGAUGGAGACAGCUGUUUGUAGAGGACUUCAUUUGUUCCUGCUACAUCCAUAACACAACAGUGUUAGAGCAGAUGUUAGAUUGUGUGUCAGUAUGAAUGGCUGCCCUCUGUGUGUGUGUCAGGUGUGUUCAGAUUCACCCUGUACAUCCUGUGUAAAAGACACACUUCAUUACAUGACGAGAUGAAGAAGAACAACAAAGAUCAGACAACCUGUGAAGGAGAGAGAGUGGGACACUUGGAGGAGGCUAUUCUGUCAGUGAGCAGCUUUUAUGUUAUUUACGGUAUUUCUGUAGAAACGGCACCUUUGUAAAGGAAGUUGUGUUUGUAGAAGUUGUUGACAGAAGAAACUGUGUAAGAAGCUUGAUUUUUUUCUCUUGCAAAGACAAAUAAAAAUGAAGUAACUUCUCAAAUCCUGUUGUACACAAACACACACAACUGCAAAGUAUUGCUCCAACUGUUGCAGUGAA